CAUCAAUUGCAACAGCAACAACUACAACUACAAAAGCAACAACAACAACAGUUGCAACAGCAGCAGCUACAGCAACAACAAUCGCUGUCACAGCAGCAGGCACAACAGGCGUGCAACUAUUACACAGCGCCGCCGCCACCAACCACCAACACCAGUUCGAACCACCACACGCCGAGUCAUCACAGUUCGACCUAUAGCGCAUACGGAUCGUACGGUUCGUACGGCGGCGGUACAUACGGCGGCGCUUAUCUCGGCACGAGCGGCAGCGAUAGCGGCGUAGGCGGUCUUACACCUAUCGGCCGCAACUAUCGUUGGUAUCACUCGAGCGGCAGCGGCGGUAGUGGCAGCAUCAGCGGUAGUGUUGGCAGCAAUUACCUUACUGCCGGCUCACUUGGCGCCACAUACGGACGCACGUCACCAGCCGCACUUGCACACGCGCGCCCCUUGCUCGCCUCCACAUCGACAGCGGCCAGCAGUAGCGCUGGUGGUUGUGGUACCGGCAGCGGCGCAUACGGUUUGGGACUUGGCCUGGGUUUGGGCCUCGAUCUCAAUACCAGUGACUACGAAUACGAACGCGCUUCGCUACACUCUGGCGCUUACGCAUACAAAUCGUCGUCAUCGCGACGUGGCAGCAGUCUUGCUGCCGAUUAUUUAUUGGACGUUGCAGCACGUUGCAGCGUACCAUCGCCGGCACUUGAGGCCGAGCCGGAUACUGAUCUUGAACUUGAUCUUGAUCUCGAUCUCGACGUGGGCGUCGGCGUCGGUGUUGACGUUAACGACGUUGACCACAUUGGUCACGACAUUGGCUUGGGCCUUAACGUCGAGGAUCUUGAAGAUCUUGAUAUCCCGGUACCAGAACCGGAACCCGAGGCGGACGUACACGACGAACUUGUGCGCGCACUCGAACUUGAACUUGAUUGGGGUCUUGACUACAACACCGCCACCACCACCACUACCACCCAUCUCAAUCUCGAUCUCGACAGCAGCACCGAUCUCGUCGGACUCGACGACAUCGAUAUUGACGAAGAAGAAGAGCCGAUACUAUCGCCUGUGCUCAAUCGGUCAUUGCGUCCAUUCACCUAUCCGGCGCUUACGAUCACAGCACCAGAGAAUAGUAUCGCAAGCGAAUCACCAAUACCUGUGGCGACACCGCCACCGACACCGACGGAUUUUCUAUAUCCGCAGUUGUCCGCACAACAACAAUACCAGCAUCAACCACAACACUACCACCACCAACAACGUACAACGACGACACGUCUACCGCAACACGACGACAGUUGCGAGGAGUUCAAUAACAUUACCGACGAUCCGACGUCCUGCGUCGGCCAAAAAAGAAUGAUGGUUAGCCGUUUGUGGAACAGUUGUUUCCCCAAAUUCACGCCGGAGCAUGUGCACCGGCACAAUUUUUACCUGUGUCAGUGGCAACGCAACACCCAAGUGCGCAUAGUCUAUCUUUUUUACCGUUGGCUAACGGCAAUUACCUGCCUCGCCGCACUCGUUUGCUCGCUACUCGACAUCGGUCGCACCGAAGAGCACUUCGAGAAUCAUUAUGCCAAAUGGUGGAUCUACUUGACACAUUGGGGUCUGCUCUUUUGUACGGUGCAAGCUUGGUUGGCGGCGUGGAUUGUAACGCAGGGCAUGAUGGUGGAGCGUGAGGAUUUCGAGGUUGUACGUCAGGUGCGCAAGAGCCGUCUGCAUCAUAUCUACUGGGUGCUCUAUACAUGCGCCACCGUUUACUCGUUCAUAAUAACGAUGUGCUAUUGGUUGUUGGUGCACGAUCCAGAAAUUCACAAAAUAGACGCUUUAAAUAUAAUGGUGCAUGUGUUCAAUUCGGUGAUUAUGCUCAUCGAUUUAGCUAUUGUCGGACAUCCGAUUAAAUUGAGUCAUGUCUACUUCACGACCGGCAUCGGCUUGGCCUACGGCAUAUUUACGGGCAUAUAUUUUAUAGCUGGUGGCACAGAUAGAAAGAACAACGUCUACAUUUACCCGAUGCUGGACUGGACAAAACCGGGCAAGGCCAUAAUUGUCACCGUGUGUGCCAUAAUAUUCGUCGUUGUGGUGCAUUUCUGCUGCUAUCUGCUCUACCGCACGCGCGUCUGGCUCUUCACCAAGCUAUGCAUACGCGGCGCGCACAACCGUGACGGCGACAUGGGCGAGGGGCUAAACGACGAAUCCACGGCGCGUCUGGGCGGCGGCACUUCACAGGAAUACUCGCAUCAACAGCAAUAUCCGAUAUUGCAUUCCGAGCAACCGCGCAGCGCGCAUCACCAUCAUCAACACGGACAUCCGCAGCACACGCAACAGCAACAAUAUCAGCAGCAACAGCAACAACAACAGCAGUACCAGCAACAGCCGAGCGGAAAUGUGCAAACAGUAGACAUGGUAAGUGGCAGCGGCGGCGGCACACAGCACACCACACCGCCUUACUAUCCGCAAUAUUCCGGCUACCAGCAGCAGCCCGUUGUAGCGGGCGUGAAUGUCGGUGUGCUCAGCGCUGGCGGUUACUAUCAGCCGGAAAACAAUAAUCAAAAUCAGCAGUCACAGCAGCAACAGGCACAACAACAGUCGCAGCAGCAGCAGCUGCAACAACAACAGCAACAAAAGCACUCCUCACCCGGAACUGGCAGCACAUCCGGCUUAAGUCGCACGGUCGCCCACUUGGAUGCGGCACAGCGUGAGCAAUUCCUGAAUCCAAACAAGAUUGUGGAAUAUAAAAUGUAAAGGCGUUGUACCCGGCACCGAUAUA